CGUUCCGCCUUUUUUCAAUCAUGAAACGUCAAAUUGAGGUUAUGUUAAAACCCUAAAUAAUAGUUAUUAAAUUUUUUAAAUAAUUUAAAUACACGAUGAAAGUGUCGGAAAACGAAAAAGAAAACGUCCUUUCGCGACGUUUGAAUAAAAUCCUCGAGACAAGACUUGAAAACGACCAGGACACUUUGGAAGCACUAAAACAACUCUCAACUUUUUACACCGAAAACACGCUUCAAGCCCGUCGAAAUUUACGCAGUCAGAUCGAAAAACGCAGUCUUGACAUCAACGAGAAUUUUUUAGCAUCGUUUAGAGAAGUAAAACUGUGUUUUGAUGCCGUUUAUAACGACGUUUCCGAGAUGAGUAAAUCGAUUCAAGAGAUGACACAUCGACUACACAAUGCCAAAAUGCAAACAAAGCAAUUGCUAGAACAGACCAAGUCGUUACAAGAAAGUGGCGAAAAAAACGACAUGCAACAACAGAUAGUUCAUGCUUUUUUGGAGACGUUUCAAUUAACACCGGAUGAACUUGUUGCUUUACAUGGAAACAAGCAAAAACGGGACGCCCCGCUUACUAAUGAUAUUUUUUCGGCGUUAGAUCACAUCCAGAAAAUUCAUUCCGAUUGCAAAGUUUUGAUGCAGUCAGGACACCAAACUUUAGCUCUAGAUAUCAUGGAACAGAUGACGUUGCAUCAAGAAGGGGCUUUGGAACGACUUUACAGAUGGACACAACAUCACUGUCGAAAUGUUGAUAAUCCUGAUUUAACUGAAAUAAUAACUCAAGCAAUGGCCAGAUUACAAGAACGUCAAAUGUUAUUUAAAUACAUAAUUGAUGAAUAUUGUAUAGCGAGACGCUCUGUGUUAGUGGGCGAAUUUAUCAACGCUUUGACACGUGGGGGCCCUUCGGGGAAUCCCGCCCCCAUUGAAUUAAGGGCACACGACCCCCAAAUUUAUAUCACAGAUAUGCUAGUUUGGUUGAACAAAGCAAUACCUCUGGAAAAACAAAAUCUUCAUUUGCUUGUAAAAUUGUGCGAUAAAACUGACUUAAACCAGCAACUGAAUGAAGCUUUGGCUUCGAUUUGUGAAGGUGUUUGUCAGCCGUUAAAAAUCCGGAUCGAAAAAAUUCUCACUUCUUCAGUUGCUCCAUCUAUCUUAUAUGCAGUUACAAAUCUGAUCCGUUAUUACAAAAAAUGCAUUUGUAAAAUUGUUACUGGUGGGCUACUUGAGACAACACUGGUCGAAGUGCAGGAACGUAGUGAGGGGGCUUUCUUAACUACCCUCCAACAACAAGUCAAUAAUAUUCUAGUGAGGGUUGAGGCGCCCCCCAGGGACUUGUCUCCAACCCCUUCAAUUAACCACUUAUUGGCCAUUUUGAGGGACACAUUGUCCACGGCUAGUGUUAGUGAAGGGCGAGAGAGUGAUAUGGGAAAAAUUGCGCAAUGUAUUAUGGAGCCCCUUUUGAGGGCUGUCAAUGAACAAGCCUCUCGUCUACCUCCUACAGACAUGGCCGUCUAUAUGUUAAACUGCAUGUAUUCAAUGUACACUUGUUUGUCACUUUAUGAAUUUAUGGACGAGAGAUUGGAACGACUCCAAGCACAAUCUGAUGCUCAAAUCGAUACGUUAACCUCAGAACAGGCCAGUUCUUUAGUUGCGAAUCUUAAUUUAGGGCCGAUUUAUACCAUUUUGCAAGAUCACACGCAAGGACCCCUGUCGGGGAUUCCCGGAAUGGAACCCACAAAUUUGAAGAAUUUUUUGGCUAAAUUGGAUUAUUUGUUGGCUUCCCCUGACAGUGUCUUGUUACCACAAAUCAACUUGUUAUUGUCAUCUAAACACAAAAAAGCCGUACAAAAGAGGGCGUUUGAUGUACUUUUGGCCAUUUAUAAACAGUUGUAUGAAGGUGUACACAACCCGGACAAUUUGUAUGAAAAUCCAGGCAGUAUUCUGAGCAAGACACCAGAUGAAUUAAUGAAAAUGUUAAAUUAGAUAUUUAAUUAGAAUAUUAUUGUGCACUAUUGUUAUGUUACUUUAAAAACGACUAACUAAUAAAAUUAAAGUUUUAUUUAA